AUGGACUCCUCCCCGCUCAACCACCUCCCGCCGGAGACCCUCCACCAGAUCUUCUCCUCCCUCCACCUCCGCCAUAUCGCCGCCGCCAAGUGCGUCUGCCGCUCCCUCCGCGCCUCCCUAUCCUCCCCCUCCUUCCUCCACCUCCUCCGAUCCAACCACCACCACCACCCCCUCCCCCUCCUCGCCCUCAAGCCCUCCCACCGCCACUCCACCUCCUCCCCCGCCGCCCUCCACGCCUUCGACCCCUCCUCCUCCCGCUGGCUCCGCUUCUCCCUCUCCUUCCUCCCCUUCUCCUCCCUCCACCCCAUCACCUCCGCCGCCGGCCUCCUCUACCUCUGGGCCUCCUCCCCCACCCCUCAAAACCCCCAAAAAUCCCUAGUCGUCUGCAACCCCGUCACCGCCCAAUUCAAAACCCUCCCCCAGCUUGGCUCCGCCUGGUCCCGCCACGGCUCCGUCCUCGCCGGCUCCUCCACCUCCGCCGUCAUCGUCCUCACCGAGCUCGCCGUCCUCUACUACCCCUCCAACACCAACAACCCUAAUUGGCUCAAAUUCUCCUCCAAUCUCCCCUCAAAACCCCGGAGCCCCGUCCUAAUCUCCGAUUCAAUUCUCGCGAUCUGCGAUGUGGGCUCCCCUUGGAGGCCCCAAUGGGCCAUGUUCAAGACCAGCAUUAUCGGCGUGGAUCGAGCAAUGCAGUGGGCCCGGCUGGCGAGGCGCGAGUGGGGCGACAUAUUCGACAUCUUGAAGCGCCCGAGGCUGGUGAAAGCCGGCUGCAACCGGAAAGUAUUCAUGGUGGGCGGCCUGAGAAGCUCAUACGGGCUGCAGAGCGAAUGCUCGACUAUCUUGAUACUAAGAUUGGAUUUGGAGAACCUCGAGUGGGAGGAGGCUGGCCGGAUGCCGGUGGAAAUGUACCGGUGUUUCGUGGAGAGUAGUAAGUUUAAGGUCUUUGGUGGUGGGGGUAGGGUGUGUUUUUCGGCGAAAAGGGUCGGGAGAUUAGCUCUGUGGGAGGAGAAGGGCAAUGGGAAGGCGGAUUGGAUGUGGGUCGAUGGCGGGCCGGGCAAUGGGGACGGGCUCUGCCGAGGGUUCACGUUCGAGGCUAGGCUCGAUGCUGUUCUGUAG